AUCAGUUUUUUUUUUUUGAGAAAACUGCAGUGUUUCGUUUUCAAAUUAUUUUCGUAUUCGAAUUUUUCAGUUAUUGAACAAAUGUUAAUUAUAAUUAUUGGAGUAUUGGAUUAAUGGAAAAGAGAAAAACAACGGUGUUAAAGUUUAAUGUCGAAUUUUAUUCAUAGUCAUUCAUUGUUUGUUGUAUGAAUAUUGUGAAUCGUGAAAGUACUAGAAAUUUUACGGAGACACUGAGACAGCAGCAGCAUUUCAAUUGAAAUGUGAGACUCUUAAUCAAACAUUGAUAAUUCAUCUAUUAUCGUCAUGGGAAGUCAAUAUACAUGUGAUAAAUGCGGAAUCGUGUGCUCCAAAUUUUAUAAUUUAAAACGUCAUGCGAAGCAUAAACACAAUGUGGAAAUGCCUGGGAAAUGCAAAGAAAACGAUACAUCAUCUCAUCACGCGAACAGGUUCAGAGCUUUGAAAUGUUGCAUUUGUGACGUUGAAGGCUCGACGCAGGAGUUGGAUUUGCAUUAUAUCCAAGUUCAUGAGAUCGAUUUGAACAUCGAGAAAAUUGAGUUCACUUCAUUGAACACGUUUCACGAAUGGAAAACAGCAAUCGAAAAAGAGAACCAUUGUAGAUACGUGGCUGCAUGUGGACGGAAAUAUAAUCACGAACGAUACAAGUGCCACCGUUCGGGUGAUUUUAGAUCCAAGAGUAAAGGUGUAAGAUUGCUGAAGAAACAAGGUUCGAAAAAAAUUGGUGCUUAUUGCCCGUCAAAAAUAAUUGUCAACAAAAAAGGUAAUGUAUGCACCGCAAAAUUUUACAGAACCCACGUCGGACAUGAAAAUGAACUUUGUCACGUUAGUUUAACGGCUGAUGUGAGAGCCGAAAUUGCUAAUAAAUUAUCGCAAAAUGUUCCUCCCGCAGUCCUAUUGGAAGAGCUCAAGAAUUCGAUGCGCGGCAUCAAUCCUAGAAUAAAUAUGUUGACGCUGAAAGACUUGUAUAACAUUUCCAAAGGAUUUAAAAUCGAUAUUAGAGGAGAUGUGAACUUGGGCGAUGAAAACAAUGUUGAUAAACUCGUAAAUGCGUUGAAAAACGCGGACGCGGAAAAUCCAGUCGUAUUUUAUAAACCUUUCGGAGAGACAGACGAUUCGUAUCCUGAAUUUGAGCCCGAUGAUUUCGCUUUAAUAAUGAUGAAUAAAACUCAGAGCGACUUGUUGCAACAUUACAAUAAAAAUACCGUGAUUCUCGAUCGUACAUCGAAGAUCAGUUAUAAUUUGCACUUAAUUAUGUUGCUCAUUUUGGAUGAUGAUCAUCAGGCAUUUCCAUGUUGUUUUCUUUUCACCAACAACGAUAGUGAAUUUACGCUGAACACUCUGUUUACCAUUUUGAAAUCGAGACUUGGCAUGUUGAAAACGUUUAUAUUCAUGUCUUGCGUUUCUGAGCAGUAUUACAAAGCUUGGACCAGCGUUAUGGGUGCUCCUGAAUAUCAUGUGUAUAGUCCAUGGAGUGUGAAUCAAACAUGGGUGGCUCAUAUGAACAAAAUUGAAAAUCAGGAAAAACAAAGCUACGUUACCAAUAUGCUUAAAGAGCUAUCCGAAGAACCAGAUGCUGCUAAAUUUCCUUCUUUGCUGAACAAGACGGUGCAAACAAUCACUAGAGAUGAAGAUACCUCUCAGUAUGGCCAAUACUUCUGCAAGUAUUAUUUGCAGAAUGUGGUUAAAUGGGCCCGAUGCUACCAAAUGCAAUUAGGACUGAAAGACACCAGUGAUUUAGAGAAAGUUUGCAAGAUGAUCAAAGUAAUUUAUUUUAAUUUCAAAAAACGCGGUGAUUUGAACGAUUGUAUUUCAUUUCUGUACAGAUUUCUAAGAGAGAAACUGUUCAAUAAAAAGGUUGCCUACUCUAAAGCGGAAAUAUUUCGACAACAACAAUGUUUAAAGAAGAACCACGAUGUUUCUAUUGCGAAAAGUUAUUCCAAUGCGAUAAACCAAUCUGGUGGCUGGAUACUAAUUUCGCCUACUGAAAAAACUGUUUACGAAAUUAAAAAACAGAAUACCGACUGCAAAUGCGAAAUUUCCUGUGAUAAAUGUAACACCUGCGUUCACUGCUAUGUAUGUUCCUGUACCGAUUCGUCUAUCGAAUGGAAUAUGUGUUAUCAUAUUCAUUACCUUUGCGCGUACCUGGAAAGAAGUAUCGACGAUGAUGUCAUUGUUGUCAAUGAUACAGUUACCUUCGUAAAUGAUUCUAUCAGUCAUUUCAGUGACUCCAAUGAUAGAACGCGCGCAGAACCCGAUGAUAGGGCUUUAGAGUUCCAUCACUUAUCCGACGAUGAAGAUGAUCCCGCUGAAGCAGUGAUUUCCGAUGGAGCGCUCGAUAAUAAUACGCAAAUAAAUGCUGUUUUAGAAAUAAAUGGUCUAAUGGACGAAAUCAUACUGAACAUGGAUAGUCAACAAACUAGUGAAUAUGUCAUUAGUAAUUUGAAAAAAAUGCUCGAGGUUAUAAAAUCUAAAAAAAAAGAUCCUCUGCGAAGUAUUGAAAUUGAUUAAGUAAUAUACUUUUAAAGUACGUACGUAUAUGUUAAGAAAACUUCGUUGUAUAUAUUAUGUACAGUUUUCAUGUAAUUUUUGUUUUUAAUGUUGCCUGCGUUUCGCAGUUGAAAUAUAAGCUCUAAAUAUCGA